CACGGGUCACGGGUCACGGCCGUGAACCUCUGGUUGUCUCCCUGACACGCUCACCACCUCACCUUUUUCUCUGCCUACACCGCGGUACACGUGCUGAUAUGUCCGACAGACUGCGACGAGAGCGGAAAAGCAAGCUCGACUCGUUGGCCGAGCUCAGACGCGCGAGGGCAGGCGGGGGAAGAGCCUACAAGGUGGAUGGCGAUGAUGCCAUUUACGACGUAGUUACGGAGGAACAGUACGAGACUGUCGUCAGGGGCCGUCUUGCAAAAGAUGAUUUUGUAGUCGACGAUGGUAUCGGCGGUUACAUGGACAAUGGUAUGGACGACUUUGACGAGACAGGCAAGUACGCAGAAAGUGACGAAGAGGAGAGAAAGCCUGCUAAGAAGAAAGACACGAAGCCGAAAGCAAAGGGCAAGGCGAAGCCUCAGCCUCCGCCACCUGCUGCACCGUCGAUCUCCGCGUAUCGGCGUAAUUAUACAGAGGAUCAGGAACAAGACUUCCUCGGUUCUAUUAUAGGCCAGAUGGACAGCAUAGUACCCAAGGCCCCGGUGACGGCCCGGAAACGCAAACCAGAUGGUGGCAAGCCGAAGGCACGGACUGGAGGCUACGAACGAAGCGCAAACUAUGCUGACGCAGACACAUCUUCUGAUGGUCUCGUCGACGACGGUUUUCCGAGCGGCCCUCCGAGCGAAGACGACCUCGAUGUCUUCAGUCCAAAGAAGAAGAUGAAGACCGAGGACAGCGGCGUCGCACCAGCAAUUGAGCGCAUGGGCAAGAUCCAUAUGGCAAGCAGUAACGGAGACGAGGGCGACGCAAACAUGCACGACUCCUUCGACAAUAUAGACAUGGAUGCAUUCAUGGAGAUUGACGAAGACCUCUUGGACCCGCCCUCCAAGCCUGCGCCCAAGGCGGUUAAGAAAGAAGAGGUCCAGGAGAUCAAACUCGCACCAUCACAGAAACUCAAGUCCGACGAAAAAAAGUCGCUUGACGAGACGCCUGCUUGGUUGUCGGUGUACGACUCGCUAACUGUCACGAAAGAUGAUACGCUUGGCCCGGCUGCAGGCUCGUCCGCGAAGGCAAACGGCUCCAAAGACGCCUCAGUGCUGGAGGAGGACGGCUCGCUGCGCUUCUUCUGGCUGGACUACCUGGAAUAUGAGGGCAAGCUAUACUUCAUCGGCAAGACACAGGAUAAGAAGACGAGGCUGUGGCUUUCUUGCUGUGUCACGGUCGAAAAUCUGGAGCGGAACCUGUUUAUUUUGCCCCGCGAGCGUCGCGUAGAGGAGGACCCGGAGACGGGCGAAUUGUACGAGACAGAUGUAACGCCAACUCUGCAGGACGUCUACGGCGAUUUCGAUCGCGUUCGUAAGAAAGCGGGUAUCAAUGGCUUCAAGGCCAAGUUCGUCAAAAGACGGUACGCUUUUGGCGAGAAGGACGUCCCGCGGACUGAGACGCAAUGGCUCAAGGUCGUGUAUGGUUUCGACCAGCCACAAAUAUCAGCGAACAUCUCUAGCCCUAAUUUUUCGCGAGUCUUUGGCACGACUACCAGCGCGUUCGAGCUCCUGGUGCUCAAGCGCAAGAUCAUGGGCCCCUGCUGGCUCCAGAUCAAGAAGCCGGUGAUGGAGCACAAAGGAGUUUCUUGGUGCAAAGUGGAGGCCACGGUCACGGAUCCGAAGGACAUCAACCCCUUCCCUGAGACUGACUCUAACGCGCCAAAGGAAGUGCCGCCGCUGACCGUCAUGAGCCUCAGCAUGCGUACUAUUGUCAACCACCAAGCGAAUAUCCGUGAAGUUGUUUGUGCAUCUGCCCGAAUAUGGUCCAACCUCCAGCUCGAGGACCCGACGCCCCCGGAAUCGCUGCCCUGCAGCGUCCACACUUUUGUUCGUCCUCUGGAUCGGUUCGCGCCCAACUUCGAGAACAGGGCGAGAAUGAACGGCAAAGGUGUCAUUCACCCUAUGCAGACGGAGCGCGUUCUGCUGAACAACUUGCUCGCGAGUGUCCAUAAGGCUGACCCGGACGUUAUCGUCGGUCACGAUUUCGUCGGUGAUUCCCUGGACGUGCUCUUGCGACGCAUGCGUGACCUGAAGGCCGACCACUUCUCGCGCAUCGGACGCUUCAGGCGGUCGAAAUGGCCGAACAUCGGCAGGCAGGGCACGAACCUGAAGUUCCUGAACGGCAGGCUGAUGUGUGAUCUGGCAAGCGAUAGCGCCAAGGGCAUGAUCUCGUCGACAACCUGGUCGCUGAUGGAAAUGUGCAAGACGCAUCUCAAGAGCGACAGGCAGGACAUUGACCCGGACGACACCGCCAGCUACUUUGACGGGAGCCUGAGCUCGCCAGACCGCCUGCUCACGUUCGUCCGACAUUGUGAACUCGACGCGCAUUACCAGAUGGCGCUUGCUGCAAAGGUCCAGAUCUUGCCUCUGACACGGCAGUUGACGAACCUCGCCGGAAACUCAUGGAACAAGACCCUCAACGGUGGUCGUGCCGAGCGAAAUGAGUAUAUUCUCCUACACGAGUUCCACCGUCUGAAAUACAUCUGCCCCGACAAGCAGUGGGGUAAGAAGGCUGAGGCGGUUGCUAAAGCCGAAAAUGGAGACGGCGAAGGCGAGGGCGGCAAGAAGGGCAAGAGCAAGAGAGACAAAUACAAGGGUGGUCUCGUCUUCGAGCCAAAGCGCGGCCUGUGGGACAAGUUCAUCCUCGUCAUGGACUUUAACUCGUUGUAUCCGAGUAUCAUUCAGGAAUACAACAUUGACUUUACGACAGUGGAGCCGGUAGAAGACGAGGAUGGGGAAGACAAGAUCCCCGAGGUUCCGAACCAGGGGACCGAGCAGGGCGUGCUCCCACGACUUAUUGCCACGCUCGUCAACCGACGUCGCCAGGUCAAGAGUCUCAUGAAGGACCGCAAGGCGACGCAGGCGCAACUGCUACAGUGGGACAUCAAACAGAUGGCACUGAAGCUCACGGCGAACAGUAUGUACGGUUGUCUCGGCUUCGAGUACUCGCGAUUCUAUGCCCGACCGCUCGCCGCCCUCACGACGUUCAAGGGUCGUGAGAUAUUAACGCACACACGUGAGCUUGCGGAGAGCCUUCAACUUGAUGUCGUCUAUGGUGACACAGACUCCGUCUUUGUAAAUUCGAACGUAACCGAGCUGGCCGAGGCCCUCAAGAUCUCGGCUGAGUUCAAAAAGGCGGUUAAUGACCGGUACAAACUGCUCGAGAUCGAUCUCGAUGGCGUCUUCCAGCGGCUGCUGCUCCUGCAGAAGAAGAAGUACGCGGCCGUUAAGGUCGAGGACGGCACACGGACGAGCGUCGAGGUUAAGGGUCUCGACAUGAAGCGCCGCGAGUACUGUGCGCUGUCGAAGAACGUGUCGCAGUACGUGCUCGAGCAGAUCCUUUCGGGUGAGGCGACAGAGACUGUCGUGGAGAACGUACACGAGUACCUCUCGACGAUGAGCGGUGACGUCCGGGCGGGGAAGGUUAAGUUAGAUGAGUUCAUCAUCUUCAAGCGACUAGGCAAGAACCCGGAAGACUACCCCGAUGCGAAAAGCCAACCGCACGUCCAGGUAGCGCUAAGGAUGAAGGCUAAGGGAAGUGCUGCGCGCUCUGGCGACGUCAUUCCCUACAUAUUCUGCCUGGGCGAGGGUGGCGAGAGCUCUAAGAGCGCGCAGGCCGAGCGCGCGAAGCACCCAGACGAAAUCAAGAGGGCGGGCAGCGACCUGCGGAUCGACUACGAGUACUAUCUCUCGCAACAGAUCCUUCCGCCGAUCGAGCGGUUGUGCGAGCCCAUCGAGGGAACGGAUCGGGCGCGGCUUGCAGAGUGUCUCGGCCUCGAUCCGAGCAGGUAUCGCAACGCGACGGGCACGGAGUCCGAAGGACGACACUUCGGCUCGCUCGACUCACUCAUGUCUGAUGCGGAACGGUUCAAGGACUCGGAGCCCCUGCUUAUGCGCUGCCGCGCGUGCAAGGCCGAGACGGCAUUUUCGCCCAUCGACGACCGCAGCGCAUCGAUGCUGACGCCGGCGGGCGUGCGCUGCCCCGCGUGCGAGGCCGCGAUCGGCGCGGCGAGUGUGCAGGUGCAGCUCGAAGUGCAGAUCCGCGCGCACGUUGCGCGGUACUACGAAGGCUGGACGAUCUGCAAAGACCAGACGUGUGGGGGACGCACGCGCAUGAUGGGCGUGUACGGACGUCGGUGCCUGCGGCCCGCGUGCAAGGGCAUAGUCGCGUUCGAGUAUUCGGACGCGCAGAUGUACAACCAGCUGCGGUACUAUGCGCAUGUGUUCGACGUCGAGAAGGCGCUCAAGGGUGCCGUAAGCCGCAGGGCGGUCGAAGAGCUUGAGGGCAUACGCGUGACCCAGGCGGAGCUCCUCGACGCUGUGCAGGGCACCGUCGACAAAUACCUCGCGCAGUGCGGGCGGCGAUGGGUCGAUCUCGGGGCGCUGUUCUCGGUCAUUCGGAUAUGAGAUGCUUUCCGUGCAUGCUGUCGAUUCUUUGCGCGUUUUGUUGCAUUUAUUUACUGUGUGUAGCUAUAUCGUAUCCUUUCCAAAGCAUGACAAGGAAAACAGGCAUCACGUAUCAUAA